AUGAUACCAGGCGAUUCUUCCUCGCCUACGGCACAGCAAACCAUCUUCGGAUGGGUCCUCUGUGGCCCUAUGUCAGCAGCCGAGACACCUGUUUCAGCGCGUGCACAUCAUUGUUCACCGGAUCAAGAAUUACAAGAUCUUCUUUCCAGAUUCUGGACACAAGAAAAAAUUCCUAAGUCGACUAUAGCAGAGUUAACUGAGGAGGAAGAGGAGUGCGAACGACACUUUCUAACAACCUAUUCACGAGAUGCAACGGGCAGAUAUGUGGUUCGACUCCCUCUAAAAAUCAAUCCGUCGGUUUUGGGGGACUCUAAAGCAAAGGCUCUCGGUUGUCUUAAGAACCUGUUUCAACGAUUCUCAAAUCAAAGUACUUUUCAACAACUUUACGAACACUUUCUAGAGGAGUAUUUGAAGAUGGGUCACAUGAAAGAGGUUGACGCCUCCUCCGCUCAGACUUCUGUGGUGAAUUAUCUUCCCCAUCAUGGGGUACUACGAGAGAAUAAUCGAACCACGAAACUCAGGGUGGUUUUUAACGGAUCCAGCCCUACCAGCAAUGGCCUCUCGCUAAACGAUAUUCUACACGCCGGUGCCAAGCUUCAAAUUGACAUAUGCGAUAUUCUGCUUUGGAUACGUACCCAUAAGGUUCUAUUCUCUACGGAUAUAGUUAAAAUGUUCCGUCAGAUAGCUGUGCACCAGGACGAUUGGAACCUACAAAGAAUAUUAUGGAUCGGAUCGGAACAACAGCUUCUCGCCUACUGCCUUACUACAGUGACUUACGGACUACGAUGUGCACCCUUCCUGGCGUUGAGAGCUCUAGAGCAAUUGGUGAAAGAGGAAGGUCAUCGUUUUCCUAAAGCAAUCAUUCCUAUGAAGAAGGGCAGAUUCGUCGACAACAUUUAUGGGGGAUCUGAUACGACAUUAGAAGCUAAGGAUAUUAUACAGCAAGUGAAGGGGCUUUGCGAAGCAGGAGGAUUUCCCUUGCAUGAAUGGAGUAGCAACUAUCCUGAUCUUCUCCCUGACCAGAAAGAAGGGGGACCUACCGACAUAGAAAUCGAUCCUACCUUUUGCAAGUUUCUGGGUCUCGUUUGGCGGCCAUUUUCUGACACUCUGCAUUUUUUUUCCACAGUUCCAGGCAAUAUCACCUUCACGAAGAGAGCAAUUGCCUCGGACAUAGCCAAGUUGUAUGAUCCUCUAGAGCUGAUUUCGCCUAUUAUAAUAAGAGCGAAAAUCAUAUUGCAGGAGCUAUGGCUGUUGAAGACUGGAUGGGACGAGCUGAUUCCU